UAUUUAUAUAGAGCAACAAGGAUGAAAUAAAUAAAAAAUGGAAAUGGAAAACAAGAACCAGAAGCGGUUUGUGCUUGUCCAUGGGCUCUGCCACGGCGCAUGGAGCUGGUACAAGGUGAAACCGAUUCUCGAGGCUGCAAGUCACACUGUGACCGCAGUAAAUCUAGUUGCGUCAGGUAUAAACACGACCAGAUUAGAAGAGAUUCAAACACUAGAGGAUUACUGCAAACCAUUGCUUGAUGUUCUGAGCUCGGCUGAUGAAGAGAAGGUGGUUCUUGUUGCUCAUAGCAUGGGAGGAAUAUCCGCAGCGUUUGCAGCUGACAUUUUCCCUCAUAAGAUCUCUGCUAUUGUCUUUGUGACAUCCUUCAUGCCUGACACAACAAACCCACCUGCUUAUGUUUUCAAAAAUAUGAUGGCAAGCAUUUCAGAGCAAGAUUGGUUGGAUACCGUGUUGGGGAGCUAUGGGAGAACUGAUCAUCCGUUACAGUUUGCUCUCUUUGGACCAAAGUUCUUGGCCAAGCAUUUGUAUCAACUUUCUCCAGUCCAAGAUUUUGAAUUGGCGAAAAUGCUGCUGAGGGUAAACCCAUCAGUUACGGACAAUCUGGCAGGGACAAAAAGCUUCACUGAGGAAGGGUACGGAUCGGUUACACGUAUCUACAUCAUAUGUGGAGAGGAUAAUGUGGUACGUGAUGAUUACCAACGUUGGAUGAUCAACAACUUUCCGGUAAAAGAAGUGAUGGAGAUCAAAGAUGCUGAUCAUAUGCCAAUGUUCUCCAAGCCUCAGGAACUCUGUGCUCUUCUCUUGGAGAUUGCAGAUAAAUAUGCAUAAGAGAAACUUGAAAGUUAGUAUAACCAAAUAUGUUUCUACCAUCUCAAUAACCAAAUAUGUUGUUUAUACGAAUAAGAUUUUUUAUAUUUUUCCUAAGAUAUAAUUUGUGGUCUAAGAUUAUAUCCAA